UUUUACUAUCGUAUCUGUCUGCUAGUUUUCUGUCAACUGUCUUAAUAAAAAAAUUUGUUAAGUUGUUUUGCUGCCUGUUUCUGAAAACGAUGGCUAUUUACAGUUUAUAUAUUCUUUCUAAAAGUGGAGGGUUGAUUUAUCAAUACGAUCACACUUCAAUCAAAGUAGAAGUGGAGAAAACUUUCAGUUAUCCCUUAGAUAUUCAGUUGACCGAGCAAAACAAACGUAUUGUUGUUGCUUACGGUCAGAAAGAUGGAAUUAAUGUUGGACACAAUCUUUUAGCAGUGAACGGAACCCAGCUGAAUGGAACAUCAAUAGAAGAUGGGCAAGAAGUGACUGCUUUUUUAGCUAAUGAAUCAAACUAUCCUGUCAGUCUGAAAUUUGGAAGGCCAAAGCUCAGCACUAAUGAAAAAAUAUUUUUGGCCAGCAUGUUUUAUCCAUUAUAUGCCAUUGCAAGCCAGCUAAGUCCUGAACUGAAGUCAUCUGGAAUUGAAGUUCUUGAAGCUGAUACAUUUAAGCUACAUUGCUUUCAGACAUUAACAGGUAUAAAAUUCCUCAUUGUUGCUGAACCAAAACAAAUGAAUGUAGAACAUCUUCUUCGAAGGGUAUAUGAACUUUAUGCUGAUUUUGCAUUAAAGAAUCCAUUUUAUUCCCUUGAAAUGCCAAUAAGAUGUGAACAGUUUGAGUCCAAUUUACAACUACUGCUAGAACAACAAGAGAAAAGUGGUGUUAAUACUGUUUAGUUUUUAUUAUCUCAGUGUAUGAAAUUUUGUGUUAAUAUUACAUCCAGUUGCUUCUA